UUUGGUGCACCCCGCGCAGUGCGGUGACGCACGAACGACACAUAUAAACCCCCAAAACCCUAACCCUUUCACUUCACUUCCCUCACUCGCUCGACCUAGACUGCGCUAGGGUUUUACGAAACCUACGACGCAAUAACCCUUUGGCCCAAAAACAAUGGUGGCCGACAGGAGCAAGAAGCUGAAGGUUUCCGACAAGGGCGAGAACCUCGACGACAUCGACGGAGAACUCGUCCUCUCCAUCGAGAAAUUGCAGGAGAUCCAAGACGAGCUCGAGAAGAUCAAUGAGGAAGCCAGCGACAAAGUCCUCGAGAUAGAGCAGAAGUAUAAUGAGAUACGGAAGCCUGUUUAUGAUAAGAGGAAUGAUAUUAUCAAGGCUAUUCCUGAUUUCUGGUUAACUGCUUUUUUGAGUCAUCCUGCUCUCGGUGAUCUUUUGAACGACGAAGAUCAGAAGAUAUUUAAGUAUUUGAGUUCUCUGGAGGUUGAAGAUUUUAAAGAUGUUAAAUCAGGCUACUCCAUCACCUUUAAUUUCAAUGCCAAUCCCUAUUUCGAGGAUACAAAAAUUGUAAAGACUUAUACCUUCCUCGAGGAAGGAACAACAAAGGUUACUGCUACUCCCAUAAAAUGGAAAGAGGGCAAGGGCGUACCUAAUGGAGUUAGUCAUGAGAAAAAUGGGAACAAGCGGGCUCCUACUGAUGUCAGCUUCUUUAGUUGGUUUAGUGACACUGAGCAGAAAGAUGAUAUGGAUGACAUCCAUGAUGAGCAGGUGGCAGAGUUAAUCAAGGAUGAUUUAUGGCCAAAUCCACUCACUUAUUUCAACAAUGAAGAACCUGACGAAGAGGAAGGUGAUGAGGAUGAAGCUGAUGAUGAGCAGGGAAAGGAUGAUGAUGACUCUGAAGAUGAUGACGACGAUCAAGAGGAUGACGAAGAGGGUGAGGAAGAUGAUGGCAAGUGAAAAAUACAUCAUGGUCAUAAUUUUUUUUUUUUUUUUUUUUUUUGGAUUGUAGGAGUAUGUAAGUGUUCUUUAGGGAUGAUCAUGGCUACCCUUUGUGGUUAUAACUAAUGUCAGCAGGUGGAGCUACCAAGGCCAGUUAUUGGUUGUCUCUCUGACUAUAGUCUAUUUAUUGUCCUGUGAAAGUUAUUUCUGGUUUCAUCCCUUGUGCGCUUUUUUAGAUACUAAUGGUAUAUUUGCUAUUUUCAUUGAAACUACAUAGUAAAGUUCCAAUAUUUAGUGUA